AGUACAGGGCCACGAAUUGGGUGAGUAUCCGUCGACGAGGCGAGGCCGCUUCGGCGGCCGAUAGCCCCCAUACACCCGCCACCGACACAAAGUGUCGAAACGCUUAGGGCAAAGGCGGCCCUGUCGCUGGAUGGUGGCUGGCCGCUCUUUGCGGGUGGGUUGCGGCGCCUGGACGAGGGCGGGCUCGAGGGCCCCGCUAACUCCGAGAGGAGAAUUGGAAAAGGCCGCGGUGUCUGUGAACUGCGAACUAAAUGUAUUGGUAAUGCAUGGGCGAUGGCGUGUGCUUAGGCGUGUGCUUUUGCUUGCCAACGUCCCUACACAAGACACACUGCAAAGCGCACCCGACCUGGCGCGGGGGUAUUUGCUUGCCACGGCGGUUGGAAACCUGCGCUGCGCAAAUAAAGAGCCUGUGGUCGAUGUGUCGCAGACAGCUGCGGCGCUGUGAAUGCAGCAUUCCCGGAUUGACGAUGUUUUCUAUUGCACCGGCACGAUGCAUUCUAGUCAAGAAAGCAGAUGUUUCCUUGACGGUAUGCACGUGCAUGCAUACGAUUGCCCGCGGCAAGCACGCGGUUGUUUACAUGCGGGGAGGGGUGUGUGCCAGACGACGAUGUGGUCGUCCCACCACACGCUUCAUGUUCACAAUCACAGUGCGCUAGUGAUGGCUCUGUGGUGUGAUGGCGAAUGUGGCGUGCAUCAAGGGCACACUGCGCACUGUUUGGCGCGCUGUGCGCUCGAGGUCUGUCCACAUUGCGAGCAGGGGUUGCGGGGAUUCUGACUUGCACGGCCUGUUGUUGUUGACUCUACGCCCUGCAUAAUGUUCUGGAAGGGAGUAUUGUUUUGGGCGGGAAUAUGGCUUUCGAGGUGUCUAGAGGGUUGAACUGUAAACUUGGGCGUCCGCAGCAGUGUUGCAGAAUUCAAUCAUAGCCUGCGCUUCACGCAGUAAUCAAGCAGAACGGAAUAGAUCUGGCCUGAUCCUUUUAGCUUGUAGCAGUAAGCCGGGGUGCUGGGGUGCUGGUGACAACAGGCAUCGCAGAACGCGCACGAUGUGCCGUCUGCCAGCAACACAUGCUUCAUAAUUGACGACUAUUCCGCUUGCCGUUUGGGGCAUCUUCAGCAUCUUGGGGUGAAAUUCAGGUGCAAUGAUGCGGUGCAGAUUGUGGGUUGGCGCAAGUUGUUACGCUGCAUUGGCAGCAGGCAACAGGCUGCACAUCUGCUCCAGAUGAUGGCACUGGAGCCGCGAUAGGGUUGUGUGCGUGUUCCCCUGCAGCAGGCCUGGGGUGAAGGGAUCAGCGAAUCACACAUGUAAAGCAAUGCGGUAUGAGAGGGGUAUGAGAGGGUGUGAGAGGGGUAUGAGAGGUACAGGUGUGUGGUUCAUUUGUCCCACAGGGAAUGAAGGAAGCCUGAGCUGGGGGCUCUUUGUACUGAGGUGGUUAUGGGGCGUGCAUGUGUGGCAGCCGUGGUUAUUGCGACCACUGGGCUAGGCUAAGUGCAGGGGCUGGGGCGGGCCGCAGGAGCAGGUUUGGGAGGAGGUUGUAUUGCGCGUCAGGAAUUCCAGAAGAAAUCCAAAUUUGUUUCAUAGCACGCGCGUUUCAUGAUGUGCGUACCCGGGCUUGGGGGAUACUUUUGGGCCUGAGGGUUGUACCUUCCGCUUCUCAGGAGUUAAUAAAGCAACUACCAUACGCACGGCAUUUGCGAGUCCAAUAAACGUGGACGCUGUUUGAACGGCCCUCCGUAGGGGGGACAUCCCGUGAUGGCGGGCUAGUGACGAGGCUGACUUGGCUGCAUGCCUCGUAUCCAGCAAAUGAAUAUGAGUAUAUAUACCGAAGUGUCGGUGAAGCUGUUUCAUAAGUAUCCAAACAUGCACAUUUGAAGUGGAGUUCCGGGUUGACAGUGGUUGAGGCGACAUGCUGCGCGGCUUCCUGGGACCACGGCAGUUGCCUGACGUGCGUGAGGCCGCAUGUCCGGAAGAUGACCCGGGGCACUACUGCCACUCUAUAAGAGCGUUGUGCUUUUUGGGCUGAGUGUUUGGCAUGUGGUAGGGAGGGGGGGUGCCCCUUACUUGGUGCCGUUCACCACGGUUCACCACGGUGCGGAGAGUGAGCCGCCGGGUGCGGUUAGGGCUUAGGGCCGGAGUGCCGGACGCCUGACACGUGCCACCCCAAAGAGUCCUAACGGGCACCGUCAUUUCGCUGAGUGUGGUGUUCGCUGCACCCGGUCCAGGAUAACUGUUUUAGUUUGUUUUGGGCGGAUUUGUGCCGUACUCCCAGCGGGCCAGUGCUGCGAGGAGACGGCGUACUUGAACGGGGGAAUUCCUGACUCAUCGCCUCCGUCGAGGCGUCAUUAGGUAAAAAUAUUACGGUCGGUGUACACUGGCCUGCGGCCCUUAAUGAAGCGUACUUGCGUGUAAGUGUGUAACACAGGCAUGUG